AUGUUUACACCUUUGUGUAUUGUAAUUGUUGUCAUUUGCAUUUACCAGUACACUAGCUUCUCUCUAGCACAAGCCGACCAUGGUGGUUUUACCAUUGAUCUGAUCCACCGUGACUCGCCACUCUCUCCAUUUUACAAUCCUUCCCGUUCUCCUUCAGAGCGAUUGCAGAAUGCUGUUCGUCGGUCGAUAACCCAUAUCAGUCGGUUCAAGUCAUCUGCGCUUUCUCAGAACAAUUCCAUUCAAUCAUCCAUUACACUUAACAAUGGUGAGUAUCUAAUGAAACUCGCAAUUGGUACACCACCUGUACAAAUCCUCGCCAUUGCUGACACCGGUAGCGACCUCAUAUGGACACAGUGUAAACCUUGUUCUGGUUGCUACAAACAAAGAACUCCACUCUUCGACCCUAAAAGGUCUUCAACGUACAGGAACUUGCCAUGUUCAUCAAAACCCUGUGAAGAGCUACCUGUUAGGGCCUGCAACUCAAGCCUCUGCGUUUACGCGUAUCAAUAUGGAGACCAAUCUUAUACUAAUGGAAAUCUUGCUACUGAAACAUUCACCAUGGAGACCACUACCAGUCAGCCUGUCGCUCUCCCUAAGAUGGUGUUUGGGUGUGGACACCGCAACAAUGGCACGUUUAAAGAAGGAGGCUCUGGUAUCAUUGGCCUUGGCAAAGGCUCCCUAUCGCUAAUUACCCAAUUGGGUUCAUCGAUUGAUGGAAAAUUCUCCUACUGCUUGGUGCCAAUAUCUGCAGAGAACCAGACGAGCAAGAUGAGUUUCGGUAGUGAAGCCACAGUUUCAGGUGAAGGGGUAGUUUCAACUCCUAUGCUUUCGAAAAACCCUGCAACAUUCUACUAUCUUACACUCAAAGGCAUUAGUGUUGGAGACAAGAAGUUGGAAUACAAGCAUUCAUCGUCAAAUGCAAGCAAGAAGAAUGAAGGAAACAUUAUCAUCGACUCAGGCACAACCCUAACCUUUCUCCCACCUGAGUUCUAUCAACAGGUGUUAUCGGCGUUGAAGGAUGCAAUUGAUGGCGAACCAGUUCCUGACCCCCAUGGGAUCCUCCUCUUGUGCUAUGAGAAUACAGCUGAUAUUGUUUUACCAACCAUCGCCGUUCAUUUUACCGGCGCCGACGUGAAGCUGACUCCAUUGAAUACUUUUAUUGGGUGGGAAGAUGAUCUCGUCUGCUUCACCAUGCUUCCCUAUGUUGGUCCUGCCAUCUUUGGCUUCUUGUCUCAGAUGAACUUCUUGGUUGGCUAUGACAUUAAAAACCAUAAGGUAUCUUUCAAGCCAACAGAUUGUACAAAGAACCAAUACCGUCAAUAG